CAACAAGGCUCUGAAAAUUGAUUUCCGGCUUAAAAUAACUUUCACUAUUUUUCAUUGCAUAAUGCAACUAUAGCUCCACGCAAUUUGUUGGGCGUCGUCGAAUAGUGAUACAAAUAACAUUUGGUUAUAGUGCUACAUGGAUGCAAGCUGAUUGACAAAUGGACUCGAUGGACCCAGAAAUCGAUUCUGAUGAUGGCAACUGGCCCGAGUUCCAAGACUCCUCUGUUCGGACAGAGAGGUGUUUGUUUGGUCGGGAGGAGGUUCAGCUGCCUGAAGUCCUUAUAGAACAGAGUCAUAUAUUUCAAGAAGUGUUAUCACAAGAUAUGUGGGACACAGCCCUGAGUGAUGCACAAAAACAGCACCUAAUGAAAUUCCUGCCAAAGUUUCCACAAAAAGAUGGUGAAGAAAAGGAAGAAACUGUAAGGAGAAUAUUCUCAGGCGAUGAGUUCAAGUUUGGAAACCCGUUAACUCAGUUUCAAUCACAGCUACGAGAUGGCUUCUACUCACCUGAUAUAGCGAGAUACACUAAUCUAUGCAAGCAGUACAAAUAUCGAGAAUACAAGUUCCGGCAGCAGCGGUACUACUCAGCUCUACUCAAGGAGGUUAUUCUAACAAGACAGCGAGUUCUGGAAGAAGUGGGUCAGGUUCCGCCAGAACAGCCGGUUAAAAUGAAGACCACGCGUGCCCCUCCACCAAAAGAUAAGUCCCUAGAACACAAGGUCAAGAAGAAAUAUACAAGAUUGCUGAAGGAGGUGCGAGAAGAGUGUGAGGUGGAUGAAACAUCCUCGGAAGAGGAGGAGGAGGCAGUCAGUCCGGUCCAGCGGAGUCGACGACAGCUGUUCAAGUCUCUGGGUCCCAUCCCCUCCCCCGAGCCAACCAUGCCCAGCGUCCUGGCCACAUUCGCUGCCAAACCUCCCAUUGUUAAUGGUGAUGUUCCUGGUGAGAAUGGCAGUAGUGUGAAGCGUCCGCGUCCCAUCAGCCCCAUGGAGGUUACGGAGGAGGACUUCCGCCAGAUGCUGAGGAGUCACAAGAGGAAGAAGGCUGAUAGUGUGGAGUUGCCAGAGUUGGACACACAGAACAUCUCGCUCCAGGACAUUCUGUCUCGAUGUCAGGCCAACAAGAAGAUCACAACCAAAGCCUCUCCUUCUUCAAGUACAACAUCAGCGUCCGCAACAGCAGCAUCAGCCUCAGCACCAACAACACAAACCUCACCUGUAUUGAAGAAGAAGAUCAAGGGCAAGGAUAGGGAGGAGAAGAAAGCCAAGAAGAAGAUCAAGACGGAGUCCGUGGAUUCCGGCAGUGUGGAUGAGAGAGUUGCCUCCCCUUCUAUACAGACGGCCAGCGCCGGGCUGGAGGUCCAUCCAGACAUCCUGACAAGAGAGGACGACACUGUGCCUGAUUUUCCAUUACCUGACACUGGACCAUCCAAGUUAGACAACUUCUUCAGUUUAUUGCGUGAUAUGAUAAAUGAAUUUCCUGAUCAACGAGUAACCACAGCCAAGCUGGAAGAGAGGAUACGAGAAUGGCAGGAGUCUCCAUCAAGCUCUCUCAACUCCUGGUUUCCAAUCCAGGCGUCGUGGGUAGACUGUGUCGUCUCCGCUCUCAAAUUCCUGUCUGGGGACGUGCUGGGUCUGUCAGUGGACAACUUCAUCCCCUAUCUGGACUACAAGGAGCGGGCCCAGCAAUGGAAGUGGAUCGGGAUGGGGCGAGACACCGAGGCAGAGUUAGCUCCCUUGUUCCAGCACUGGAUGAAGAACAAGGACUAUGUGAUGGCAGACGGCCUGGACUCCAGUCAAGGCUCACCGCCUCCACCGAGAGCGAAGACUGCGUUUGUUGUGCGGCCGACCAGUCAAGAGGAGAAAGCUACAUUCCAGGAGCAGGAGAAGAAGAGGUUUGAGAACCCUCACAAGGCUUUCAUCUAUCACAUGCAUGGCUACGAGUCCGUGGUGGGGCCAGUGAAGGGCGUCUACAGCAAGGACAACGCCAUGAACAAGGCCAGGGAACACGCCCUGCUGGUGUCGGACCGACCGGCAUUUGUCACCAUACUCACAUUAGUGCGUGAUGCCGCAGCGCGCCUGCCGAACGGUGAGGGGACGAGGGGGGACAUCUGUGAGCUGCUGAAAGACUCUCAGUUCCUGGCUCCUGGGGUCACAGACACACAGAUCAACACGGUGGUCAGUGGGGCGCUGGACAGGCUGCACUCGGAGAAGGACCCCUGUGUUAAGUACGAUGUCAAUCGCAAACUCUGGAUAUAUCUCCACAGGAACAGGACAGAGGAAGAAUUUGAACGAAUCCACCAAGCCCAGGGUGCAGCAGUCAAGGCCAAGAAGUCUCUACAGAAACCCAAGACAGCAAAAACUAUCAAAGAUGCAAUAUCCGCCCAAUCUGCUCCACGCCCGACAAUCUCCACCAGUCUUGCCACGGAAGCUGCCUCCUUGAAUGUGGAGGAUCUGGCCACUCUGCAGACCCAGGCAUUGACCAGCCCCUCCGUUGUGCACAGCCCCAAGACUCUGGGCCAGACCACAUUCGCACGGACGCCACAGUCAAGUCCCAAGACGGCCUCUCCUAAACAUGCAAAUCUGACUUUGACCUCAUCUUCUACCCUCAGUGCUUCUCUUGCUCAAUCUCCUCUCAAGAACACGACCCAUCUGCUGACAUCUCCCACCAGCCUAGCUCAAACAUCCAAACCUGUAGGCGUCCCUAUGGUGUCGGCCACAGUCCCCGGUGCUAUCACGACCAUUUCUCAGGUCAAGGCCGAAACUGUUGGACGUAAAAAUCAAACCGUGAACUUACUGCAGCAGCAGCAUUUACUAAGACAAAGCGGUGCCAUCACCGCAGCGUUAGCCAAUCAGCAAGUAGGGCAGAAUGUUACCAUGACAACAAAAGGCGAGAUGGUCCUACAGCGACCAACCAGCACGUCAGUGACUGUAGCAGGUGCUCACCAGGUCCCGAACACAGCCAAACUUAUCUCGUUAGCACAGGUGACGACAGGUAUGGGGACGAUGUCGACCCCGGUGUCGACGGUGGUGAGUUCGAUGUCUGGAGCCGACAGCCAGGCCGUGGCCAGGCUGAUACAGCAGGUGCAGGGGGGCCCACAGAUGCUGUCAGUCAGCAACCUUCUGGCGGCCGGAGGUGCAGGGGCCCCCAGAUUGCAGGGUGCAAACCCACGCACGACAACCAUCAAGAUUCAGGGAAGCAGCAUAGUCCCGCCAGUGGGAGGCAAGCCAAUCCAGAUCAGCGGGAAGCCCCUCACUCACUCCAAGAGCCUGAUGCAGCUAGGUGGGAAGAACCAGCAGUCCCUGGGGAUGAUCCACACACAGCAACUGUCGGCCAUCAGCAUCAUACCUCAGACAAUCACCACUGGCAUCGCCACGCUCUCACAGCCACGCAGUGUCGUGUCUUCAGCCAGCUCCAACACAGGCGCGACGGAAGUAUCGACAACCGGGAACCAACACAUGACGGCGGGGCAGCCCAAGAUGACCAUUGUAGGUCAGGUGGGGCCCAUCACAUCCACGCAGGCCCAGACAGUACACAUGGGGGGCCAGCCCAGGGUCGUCAACACUUCCCCGGGAGGCAUCUUCGUCACACAUCUCGCACCAGGAAUCUCACUCAGACCAGGUUUACCGGGCGUGGGCCAGGCCAAAAUGGUGUCGGCCAGCCAGGCAGGUCUUGCACAACUGAUCAUGCAGCAGGCGCCUCAGGGACUGAAGACUGCAGGAGGCGACACUGUUGGGGUCAUGCCGAAUGUCUCACAGGGAACGCCGAUCAUCGUCAGCAAUGCAGGGAAGGGUGGUCAGAACAUCCAGGUGGUGCGGACCGUAUUGUCCCAGCAGGCAGGCCUGAAGCCGGGGCAAGCCACCAUCCUCAUCUCACAGCCCACUCUCCAGCAGAACCCCGCCACCAUGAUGUCCACAUCCCAGGUCAUCCAGACCACGAAGUCCGUCCGGGGCUCGCCCAAAGGCAAACCACAGCCGGUGUAUGCACGGAUCAUCACACCCCCACCAGGGAUGAAGCUCCCUGUCGGUGCCCCUGGUGUCAGUGUCAUACAGACUGUUGGGAAACUUUUGAACAAUGUCACAACAGCUACAGCGCAUCAUCCAACGGUGUCAACGGUAACGGUGGCUACACCACCGUCGACACCGUUGGCAGCGGUAGAGAUUGGAGAUGGAACAGGAAAGACAGAUUCUGGAGAGAGUAAACCUUAGGGGAUGAUUGUGUUGACCAAGUCCAUCUCCUCAGGCAUCAUUAGCUUCAUCCUCUGGGAUUGUAUGGAGUCUGUACAGAUACCACCAGCCUCAGUUGUUUAACAACACUUGGCACAGCACUGAUAUUGUGUGUGUGUGUGUCUGGUCUGCCUGCUCAAUGGAACAAGGCCAGGGUCCUGUUCCACAAAGUGAUCUUAGCUUUAAGAUGAUCGUAACUCCCAUACUUUAACGCAGGCUUACGACUAUCGUAGCGCUAAGAUGGCUGUGUGGAACUAGGCCCUGAUCAGGAACUGAAGGGCAGGAUGUCUGAAGGAACAUUGCAGAUUGUCAACAUUGUUGGGAAAUACAUCAAUCUGAUGUGUUACUGUGAAGACUACGGACAGUGAAAUAGAUAAUAUUUACCUGGUAAUUCAAGGAAUUUCAGAUGAGUGCAACGGCCUUAUUUGAUAUAAGGAUAAUUUCAGCCUGCACCAAUUUUGACAGGAGUCAUUCUUGAAAAGAUGGGACUAACCUGCACUCAGUUGGCAGUGAUCAAUCAGUGAAGGCCAGACUUGCCCGGAGUGUGUCACAAGUGUGUUCAGGAUGACCGCUACUGUCUCACUCUUGCUCUAGAAUCACACAAAUAGCCCCACCAUUCACACAACUAGCCCCACCAUUCACACAGCUAGCCCCACCAUUCACACAACUAGCCCCACCAUUCACACAACUAGCCCCAGCAUUCACACAACUAGCCCCAGCAUUCACACAACUAGCCCCACCAUUCACACAGCUAGCCCCACCAUUCACACAGCUAGCCCCACCAUUCAUACAGCUAGCCCCACCAUUCACACAACUAGCCCCAUCAUUCACACAGCUAGCCCCACCAUUCACACAACUAGCCCCACCAUUCACACAGCUAGCCCCACCAUUCACACAUUUAGCCCCACCAUUCAUACAGCUAGCCCCACCAUUCACACACCUAGCCCCACCAUUCACACAGCUAGCCCCAUCAUUCACACAACUAGCCCCAACUAGCCCCACCAUUCACACAACUAGCCCCACCAUUCACACAACUAGCCCCACCAUUCACACAACUAGCCCCACCAUUGACAAAACUAGCCCCACCAUUCACACACCUAGCCCCACCAUUCACACAACUAGCCCCACCAUUCACACAGCUAGCCCCACCAUUCACACAACUAGCCCCACCAUUCACACAACUAGCCCCACCAUUCACACAACUAGCCCCACCAUUCACACAACUAGCCCCACCAUUCACACAACUAGCCCCACCAUUCACACAUUUAGCCCCACCAUUCAUACAGCUAGCCCCACCAUUCACACAACUAGCCCCACCAUUCACACAACUAGCCCCGUCAUUCACACAGCUAGCCCCACCAUUCACACAACUAGCCCCACCAUUCACACAGCUAGCCCCACCAUUCACACAACUAGCCCCACCAUUCACACAACUAGCCCCGUCAUUCACACAGCUAGCCCCACCAUUCACACAACUAGCCCCACCAUUCACACAGAUGUUGACAAGACCAGGGACCUUUUGCUCAACCAUUCUCACAGAAGAUUUCAUUAAUUAGGUAUCUAUGUACCAAGUUAUCUGAGGUGGUGCACCUGGCUGUACAAAGUGUCCCCUUGGUUUUAUAGGAACCUCUGACUGUGACUUCCGAUUCUGAUUAUGUUUCCAGGUAUUUUAGCUGGAUUGUCAAUCACUGGAUUAUCUGGUUCAGACUUGAUUAUUUACACGCUGCCGUCACAUUGCUGGAAUACAGCUGAGUGCGGUGUUAAACAACAAAUAAACAAACAAAUUAACAAACAAAUUAUAUGUUAAGGCAGAAAUCCACCCAAAAUGUUUAGUCUAGUAGACUUCGAUGUUUACAGACAAUGGUUGUGUGAAUGGGUUAGUGUUUUAACUAAAACAUGACUGCCAUUAUUCAAAUUAUCAAUGGAUGGUAACCAUGGUAACAGUGAAACUUGUUAGGCAUCGGCUGUCCGAAGUAAUUGAUGAUCUUUGAUAUAUAGAGAUUACUAAACAAGUGUCUGUCGGGUACCAUUUACAUUAUCAAUUGUAAGAUAAAUGUUAACUGACCGACACAAAUGCUGUAAUCUGAUUGUUACACACCCAAAAAUUGAACAAUUUCAGCAUCAAAUCUAUGCAUAUUUUGUCUGUUCUCAUGAUCACAGUGGCGCAUUAAUACAUAACAACAGCCAUGAGUGACAUCAUCCUGCUCACUGCUUGCUUCUUAUACUUAGGGGGAACUAUAGAAACUUAUUUUAGCCAUAUCUGUGGAUUGUCAAGGCAUUGAUGAUAAUGCAAACUGGAUACGAUCAAAGAACAUUUAUUAAACACUCCAGAACCAUAAAGAUUUGACACAGCUUUAGGUGAAUUUGACUGAAGCCCGAGAAAUGGAUCAAGGAAUUGCGAUCAGGAAAGUGGUCUUGUUUCUUCUUCUUUCAUGUUAGGUCACCCACAGAUGUGUAGGAACAUGUGGGCUUGAUGACAGCUCGUUCUUCAGUACAUGAUCAUGUUAGGUCACCCACAGGUGUGUAGGAACAUGUGGGCUUGAUGACAGCCCGUUCUGCAGUACAUGAUCAUGUUAGGUCACCCACACAUGUGUAGGAACAUGUGGGCUUGAUGACAGCUCGUUCUUCAGUACAUGAUCAUGUUAGGUCACCCACAGGUGUGUAGGAACAUGUGGGCUUGAUGACAGCCCAUUCUUCAGUACAUGAUCAUGUUAGGUCACCCACAGGUGUGUAGGAACAUGUGGGCUUGAUGACAGCCCGUUCUGCAGUACAUGAUCAUGUUAGGUCACCCACAGGUGUGUAGGAACAUGUGGGCUUGAUGACAGCUCGUUCUGCAGUACAUGAUCAUGUUAGGUCACCCACAGAUGUGUAGGAACAUGUGGGCUUGAUGACAGCUCGUUCUUCAGUACAUGAUCAUGUUAGGUCACCCACAGGUGUGUAGGAACAUGUGGGCUUGAUGACAGCCCAUUCUGCAGUACAUGAUCAUGUUAGGUCACCCACAGGUGUGUAGGAACGUGUGGGCUUGAUGACAGCUCGUUCUGCAGUACAUGAUCAUGUUAGGUCUCCCACAGAUGUGUAGGAACAUGUGGGCUUGAUGACAGCCAAUUCUGCAGUACAUGAUCAUGUUAGGUCACCCACAGGUGUGUAGGAACAUGUGGGCUUGAUGACAGCUCGUUCUUCAGUACAUGAUCAUGUUAGGUCACCCACAGGUGUGUAGGAACAUGUGGGCUUGAUGACAGCCCAUUCUUCAGUACAUGAUCAUGUUAGGUCACCCACAGGUGUGUAGGAACAUGUGGGCUUGAUGACAGCUCGUUCUUCAGUACAUGAUCAUGUUAGGUCACCCACAGGUGUGUAGGAACAUGUGGGCUUGAUGACAGCCCAUUCUUCAGUACAUGAUCAUGUUAGGUCACCCACAGAUGUGUAGGAACAUGUGGGCUUGAUGACAGCUCGUUCUUCAGUACAUGAUCAUGUUAGGUCACCCACAGGUGUGUAGGAACAUGUGGGCUUGAUGACAGCUCGUUCUUCAGUACAUGAUCAUGUUAGGUCACCCACAGGUGUGUAGGAACAUGUGGGCUUGAUGACAGCUCGUUCUUCAGUACAUGAUCAUGUUCGGUCACCCACAGGUGUGUAGGAACAUGUGGGCUUGAUGACAGCCCAUUCUUCAGUACAUGAUCAUGUUAGAUCACCCACAGGUGUGUAGGAACAUGUGGGCUUGAUGACCGUCCGUUCUGCAGUACAUGAUCAUGUUAGGUCACCCACAGAUGUGUAGGAACAUGUGGGCUUGAUGACAGCCCGUUCUGCAGUACAUGAUCAUGUUAGGUCACCCACAGGUGUGUAGGAACAUGUGGGCUUGAUGACAGCCCGUUCUGCAGUACAUGAUCAUGUUAGGUCACCCACAGGUGUGUAGGAACAUGUGGGCUUGAUGACAGCCCGUUCUGCAGUACAUGAUCAUGUUAGGUCACCCACAGAUGUGUAGGAACGUGUGGGCUUGAUGACAGCCCGUUUUGCAGUACAUGAUCAUGUUAGGUCACCCACAGGUGUGUAGGAACAUGUGGGCUUGAUGACAGCCCGUUCUGCAGUACAUGAUCAUGUUAGGUCACCCACAGAUGUGUAGGAACAUGUGGGCUUGAUGACAGCCCAUUCUUCAGUACAUGAUCAUGUUAGGUCACCCACAGGUGUGUAGGAACAUGUGGGCUUGAUGACAGCCCAUUCUUCAGUACAUGAUCAUGUUAGGUCACCCACAGGUGUGUAGGAACAUGUGGGCUUGAUGACAGCUCGUUCUGCAGUACAUGAUCAUGUUAGGUCACCCACAGGUGUGUAGGAACAUGUGGGCUUGAUGACAGCCCAUUCUUCAGUACAUGAUCAUGUUAGGUCACCCACAGGUGUGUAGGAACAUGUGGGCUUGAUGACAGCCCAUUCUUCAGUACAUGAUCAUGUUAGGUCACCCACAGGUGUGUAGGAACAUGUGGGCUUGAUGACAGCCCAUUCUUCAGUACAUGAUCAUGUUAGGUCACCCACAGGUGUGUAGGAACAUGUGGGCUUGAUGACAGCUCGUUCUUCAGUACAUGAUCAUGUUCGGUCACCCACAGGUGUGUAGGAACAUGUGGGCUUGAUGACAGCCCAUUCUUCAGUACAUGAUCAUGUUAGAUCACCCACAGGUGUGUAGGAACAUGUGGGCUUGAUGACCGUCCGUUCUGCAGUACAUGAUCAUGUUAGGUCACCCACAGAUGUGUAGGAACAUGUGGGCUUGAUGACAGCCCGUUCUGCAGUACAUGAUCAUGUUAGGUCACCCACAGGUGUGUAGGAACAUGUGGGCUUGAUGACAGCCCGUUCUGCAGUACAUGAUCAUGUUAGGUCACCCACAGGUGUGUAGGAACAUGUGGGCUUGAUGACAGCCCGUUCUGCAGUACAUGAUCAUGUUAGGUCACCCACAGAUGUGUAGGAACGUGUGGGCUUGAUGACAGCCCGUUUUGCAGUACAUGAUCAUGUUAGGUCACCCACAGGUGUGUAGGAACAUGUGGGCUUGAUGACAGCCCGUUCUGCAGUACAUGAUCAUGUUAGGUCACCCACAGAUGUGUAGGAACAUGUGGGCUUGAUGACAGCCCAUUCUUCAGUACAUGAUCAUGUUAGGUCACCCACAGGUGUGUAGGAACAUGUGGGCUUGAUGACAGCCCAUUCUUCAGUACAUGAUCAUGUUAGGUCACCCACAGGUGUGUAGGAACAUGUGGGCUUGAUGACAGCUCGUUCUGCAGUACAUGAUCAUGUUAGGUCACCCACAGGUGUGUAGGAACAUGUGGGCUUGAUGACAGCCCAUUCUUCAGUACAUGAUCAUGUUAGGUCACCCACAGGUGUGUAGGAACAUGUGGGCUUGAUGACAGCCCAUUCUUCAGUACAUGAUCAUGUUAGGUCACCCACAGGUGUGUAGGAACAUGUGGGCUUGAUGACAGCCCAUUCUUCAGUACAUGAUCAUGUUAGGUCACCCACAGGUGUGUAGGAACAUGUGGGCUUGAUGACAGCCCAUUCUUCAGUACAUGAUCAUGUUAGGUCACCCACAGGUGUGUAGGAACAUGUGGGCUUGAUGACAGCCCAUUCUUCAGUACAUGAUCAUGUUAGGUCACCCACAGGUGUGUAGGAACAUGUGGGCUUGAUGACAGCUCGUUCUUCAGUACAUGAUCAUGUUAGGUCACCCACAGGUGUGUAGGAACAUGUGGGCUUGAUGACAGCCCAUUCUUCAGUAAAUGAUCAUGUUAGGUCACCCACAGGUGUGUAGGAACAUGUGGGCUUGAUGACAGCUCGUUCUUCAGUACAUGAUCAUGUUAGGUCACCCACAGGUGUGUAGGAACAUGUGGGCUUGAUGACAGCCCAUUCUUCAGUACAUGAUCAUGUUAGGUCACCCACAGGUGUGUAGGAACAUGUGGGCUUGAUGACAGCUCGUUCUUCAGUACAUGAUCAUGUUAGGUCACCCACAGGUGUGUAGGAACAUGUGGGCUUGAUGACAGCCCAUUCUUCAGUACAUGAUCAUGUUAGGUCACCCACAGGUGUGUAGGAACAUGUGGGCUUGAUGACAGCCCAUUCUUCAGUACAUGAUCAUGUUAGGUCACCCACAGGUGUGUAGGAACAUGUGGGCUUGAUGACAGCCCAUUCUUCAGUACAUGAUCAUGUUAGGUCACCCACAGGUGUGUAGGAACAUGUGGGCUUGAUGACAGCCCGUUCUGCAGUACAUGAUCAUGUUAGAAGAAGUUACUUUUGAGUCAUCAUCUGGUCCCACGGACACUUGUUUUCAACCCCUUUGCCAUGUUUGUCAACUGAUUGUACACCGGGUUCUUAUGCCAUAGAGAGAUGUUUGAAUUUUGAAAUACCUUGAGAUGGUCCCAAAUAAUGAAUUGUUACACAAGUAAUCUAAUAUUUACAAAUAAUCUCACUUCGAUAUACCGGAAUAUUUUGUUUUUCUUAACUACCAUAGCUAUAUUACUACCUUCGAAUGAAACAAGUUAUACUUUCAUCAAUUAAUAUUUUGUUUAGAUAAUGUUUUAUGAAUCAUCCUCAUUCUCGUAUUGUUUUUCAUCAUUCUUAUGUUCAACCCGUCUCUGAUUUUAUUGAAAAAUAUGGAAGUAGUCCUGGAAAUUCUUAAAUUUGAUGGCUAUGUAUGUGUGUUGUAUUUGGUAAGAAAACAACAUUAUGAUAUGGGUCAGCACUGCAAGGAUGCUUUUGUCAAUAUAAACUACAGCUUAUUCUUCUGUGUGUAGAUUUACCAGAUCUUCAUGAUCAUGAAAAAAGCAGUUUCAAGAACUAUUUUAGGUCAAGGUUGAUGUUAGGUUUUCCUUCGAAAAUAAAAACCCGAAAAAACAUAUGACACAAGAAUAUGUUAAAAACUUUCAAAACAUGUUUAAGGGGUUGGUGGUUGGUGGGAUUGGUCUUAGGACUACAUGUAUAGGAAGUGUCCAGACCUUAAAUAAUGAUAAAGAUUUUGAGCCCACCCCCACCUCCACCACCUUUUGCUGUGUCAUUUUUCAUGACUCAAACCACCCCCCCCACUCGAACCCAACCACCCUACUACUCUCACCGUCCCACCAACCCCCACCCUAUAAUAAAUGACCAGUCCCUUAGUAUUUUCAUUUUCAUUAUUACUUCUUUUUAAUUCCAUAAUCAGCUGUAUGACAUGACAUGGGUGUGGCCCUGGUAAGCCAAAGGCUCGCACACACUAAAGCAGUGCUGCUCGUCUUUAAAUAUACUACUCAAAAGAAGUUAAGAACACCCAAUUUUUUAUAUGACUAUAGUUAAUCUGUCAUGGCUGGUUGGUCUUGCAACACACAUCCUUCCAAUUGUGGGUGUUCCUUAACUUGUUUUGAGUAGUAUAUAAUGGAAGUUGUACCAGUGUUGGACAUAAGUGUUGUGUUUUUGAUGAAUGCCGGUGGAACAUUACAUUAGAACCGUCAUAAAACCUUGCCAUUUCCCAUAAAUGAAGGAUAGGAAAAUGGGUGAGAAGAAAGCAUUAAUAAUGAUGUAUUUUUAUCGGGACAGUGAGAAUGACAGUGAAAUGAUCCUGCUUGGUUAUAUUAUCCCCGUAGUGAAAGGGCAGCAACAGUGAACAUUACUUUUUGAACAAUCUCAAACAUUUUGAUGAUGUCUAUUCACUCCUGACUCACUGCAUUGAUCUUGAAUUCUUUAGAUAAGGCACUGCAGUGGAUGUUAUGCCGAUAGGCUGUGUAUCACUGCUACUGUGGGUUGCCUUAAGCAUCAGCUACACUGAAAUAUCGGCAUCAUACUGAUCACUUGUAAGCUGACGCAGGAAUACUACACACAUUCAGAAGUAGUUUUCAGGCAAUCACUUUUACAAAUAUGGUAAAUGUGGAGAGAAAAACUUUUGCUGGGCUGCUGUUGGGAACUAGAGUUUUAUGUUCAAGCUAUUCUCAUCACUUUCCAUCUGAUAUGAUACCUCUCUUCCCAGAGGGAGGAAUCGAAUCAGCGUAAAUUUCAAUGUGAAUGAUCUGAACGCAAAAAUAGGAUGUUGUUAGUCUUGUUCUGACCAAUUUUUAAACCUUAAAUACCAGGGCUCCAUUCCAUAAAGCGGUCGUAGAGCUAAGGUGAUAGCAUCACCCAUACUUUAACAUAGGCCUAUGAUUGUCGUAGCCCUACAAUCGCUUUGUGGAACAGGACACAGAUAGUUCUUCACAAUAGGGUGAUCAGGGUGGUUCUAAACCAGCCCAACCUAUGUCUGUUGUCUUUGUGAUUGCUACAGAUUAUGUAUGUUAUUGAUUGUUGAAUUUCUUUUUUACAUUAGAUUCCUAUUUUGUUACGGAUUUUGUUGACAUUUCAACCAGUACCAUCUUAUUGUGUAGGCUUCCUCACCUGUUGUUCAGUUCUUGCUCCUGUUUAUCGCAUUUUUAGCAUUUAAAUUGUCAAGAUUUGUAUGCAGUGACCAGGGUUCCAGAUAACGUUUUUGGCCAUUGAGUAUUCACUCACAACUAUUCAAUCCCAUUGGGUAUUGAUAGUUUUCUUUGGAUAUUUCAUAUAUUUUUACUCCGACUCUUACCCCACCCUAAUGUGUUUGUUUUUGUGACCCUCCCAAUGUCCGUGUACAUUUUUUUUGUGAACCUCCCCAAAAAGACAAAAUGCAAAAGCACUUUAUAUUUUGUUAUAAAAUGUCGAUUUUCACGACGCACCCCAAAUAUGAAUUUUGUUGAUUCUGGGGGACCCAUAAGAAAGACAUUUUUGUAAGGAGAUGCUAAGAGGCCGGUUUCUGAAAGCAAACUAGCACUACAGCUAUCACCUCUAAUUGUUUAGCAUUGAUUCACAAACAUCAAAUUGCCCAGAUGGAAACAUGGCCAAGGAUAACUUACAUUUUCGGAAUAAGUACACAUUCUGUGGUUUCUGUUACAUAUUUACUUAUAACUGUCAAUUUGAUUUGGCUCCAAGAAACAGUUUUGCUUACAUGGUACCCAUGUCUGCUUAUUUAGAUGUUCAUGUUGAACACUGCAACUCUGGUGAAUCAGGUAGUUCACUAGGACUUGCAAUAUGUUGUAUUUUACUUACAUGUGACAGUUUAUUCAGGAAUCCAUCAGUGUGUGAAGUGAUGUGUGUGUAUGAGUGCAUGUACAUCUGUGUGUGUUUCUACAAGCCUGCUGGCUCAGGUGUAGAUUGUAUCUGUUUAACCAUCAUCAGUUGGAGAGCCCUCAAAGGUUGAAAUAAGCAUCAUUCAAUGCACUUGCCUGACAUUUCAGAAUUUUGUACAAACAAAUUAUUUGUUGAAAGGUGUGAAAGAGAAAAAAAUUUCUCUGUAGCAAAAUGUCCAGAAUAUUUACAGGUUUGUCCUCAAGUUGUAUGCAUUUUGUAUUUGAACAGAUCCCCUGACAAUAUGUUCACUAAUAGGCUAUCCAGUAGAACUAGGAAAGGUGUUUGAAAUUUCUUCUUUUCUAUUUUUUUGUCUUGGAAAACAAACAAAUAAUUGUCAUCAUCAUCAAUCAUCACAAUCAUUUAAUAUGUUAUAGGUCAUGCAUUUCACACAGUCUGUUUCCAUGAAACAGAUUACAAUGGCUAUUAUUGUCCUGUUAGAAGAAGUGAAGAAGAAUCAAUAAAUGUCAUCACUUUGUUCAACUGUUUCAUUUGGUUGAAUUUGUAUACUAUUAUGUAUUAUUUAUGUUGAUUAAGCCUUGGCGUUCUGUGCUAUAAUCUCUUUGUGUCCAAUCCAGGGAAUCAGAUGUGGUUGUUGAACUGUCACAGCCAGGGAUGCUGUAGAUGUGUGUGUGUAUGUGUAUGUGUUUAUGUGUGUGUGUGUGUGUGUGUGUGUGUGUGUGUGUGUGUGUGUGUGUGUCCACUCCUGUAGUGUAUGAUGUCAGCUCAGUUGUAUAUGCAGUUGCUGAAUGAAUCGUGUAUUGUGAUAUAUUGUAAAUAUGUACAUUUUUCAAAACUCACUUUGGUUCUCUGCUGAUGAGAAAUACUGACAAUUGAAAAUAUAAUUUAUUAGAUAUGA